AUGGGGAUGCAGAGGACACAACCUCCCGGGCAUUUCCAGAAAGAGCUCUCCUUGGCCAAAAACAGUUCUUCUCCAGGGAAGGGGACAGUGGAGAGCCAUCUAGACAAAGUAGUGGUCCAGCAACUGAAAAAUGAGAGGUCGCUGCUGUCCAAGGAGGAGAAUCAAGGAAGGGGUCUCUACACCCUGCUGACUGCCCGCAACUCCGCCGGUGGACGUCUGAUUCGCAAACUUCCUUCCCAGCGCCUGGUGCGAGAACUUGCUCAGGACUUCAAAACACCUCUGCCCUUCCAGAGUACAGCUCUUAGUGCUUUGCAGGAGGCAAGCGAGGCCUAUCUGGUGGGGCUGUUUGAAGACACCAGCCUGUGGGCUGUCCAUGCCGAACGUGCAAUAAUUACGCCAAAAGACACCCAGCUAGCGCACUGCACAGAGGAAUGCGUGCUUAAGAUGGUGCUAUGA